ACUGUCAUUCACAACCCCCUGAAAGCCACGGGACAUGGAUCACCUCCUGGAACUAUACUCGGGGACCAGUUCUACAAAGAAGCCAUUGAGCACUGUCGCAGCUACAACUCUCGGCUGUGUGCUGAGCGAAGCGUCCGCCUCCCCUUCCUGGAUUCACAAACUGGGGUUGCUCAGAACAACUGCUACAUCUGGAUGGAGAAGAGGCACAGGGGACCAGGUCUGGCCCCAGGUCAACUGUACACGUACCCAGCACGUUGCUGGCGCAAAAAGAGGCGUUUGCAUCCCCCUGAGGAUUCCAGGCUGAAGCUGCUGGAAAUUAAACCUGAAGUUGAUCUGCCUCUGAAAAAAGAUGGGUUCACCUCAGAAAGUACAACUCUGGAAGCCUUGCUGCGUGGAGAGGGAAUAGAGAAAAAACCGGACACUAAGGAAGAAGACACUAUACAAGAAAUCCAGAGGGUUUUAGAAAAUGAUGAAAAUGCAGAUGAAGUGAAUGAGGAAGAGGAUUUGGAAGAAGAUAUUCCAAAACGAAAGAAUAGGCCUAGAGGACGGCCAAAGACCCCCACCUGGAAAAAAAUUUUCCAGAAAAAUGCUCGGGGAUCUGGAGGUGGCAGGAGACGGAAUGAUGCUGCCUCCCAGGAUGAUCAUGACAAACCCUAUGUUUGUGACAUCUGUGGCAAGCGUUACAAGAACAGGCCUGGGCUGAGCUACCACUAUGCUCACACCCACCUCGCCAGUGAAGAAGGGGAUGAAGCCCGUGAGCAAGAAACUCACUCUUCACCUGUCCACAGAAAUGAAAACCACAAACCCCAGAAAGGACCGGACGGGGUCAUCAUUCCCAAUAACUACUGUGACUUCUGCCUCGGAGGCUCCAAUAUGAACAAAAAAAGUGGCCGGCCUGAGGAACUUGUAUCGUGCUCAGACUGUGGGCGCUCUGGACACCCGACCUGCCUGCAGUUCACCACAAACAUGACUGAGGCUGUUAAAACCUAUCAGUGGCAGUGCAUUGAGUGCAAAUCCUGCAGCCUUUGUGGGACCUCUGAGAACGAUGACCAGCUGCUCUUCUGUGAUGACUGUGACCGUGGCUAUCACAUGUAUUGCUUGAACCCACCGGUCUUUGAGCCCCCAGAAGGGAGCUGGAGUUGUCAUUUGUGCCGGGAGCUGCUCAGAGAGAGAGCAUCAGCUUUUGGCUUCCAAGCCUGAGGAACUCCAGCAGUCAAGAAACACUUUGCUCCUAGUGUUGCCAUACCAGCACAUUAUUUCCAUCCAGAACACAAAGACACAACCCACAUCAAAACAAAUGGACACUCAAAUACAGGAAGAGGUAUCUGUAGUAUUCACUGUCACUAAUGCUGUACCUCCUGAGCUCUACUAGAAGGAUCGUGUACUUGUCCGAUGCUCCGGAUGAAAUCUCUUCACUGCUCUGCAUGGUUGCUGCUUGCCAUUACAGGCUCACAUGCAUUAUAGAAGGGGGACUGUUAAUUUAUUGACAUGGAGAAGUCAAUUUUUUGUGGCCUUGUGCUUUCUGUUUAGUCUUCUUUUUAAAGAAAUAAUAAGAUAUCUCCCAAGGAAUUACUGGUGAGUACUUUGGCUGGGAGCAGUACCAGUUGUUUCUCUUCACAGGCUUGACUGGAAAUCUCUUUACCGCAACCACUCUGUAUUCAUAGGGAGCUUUGAGAGUUGCCUUAGUUCAGUACUUCCCAGGUCAUCAACAACACCUUGUCACUGAGAGAAGAACUGAUAAAAUUUUUUGGGGGGGCGACACUUUCUUCCUUGGAUCAAAUGCUUUGAUUUGGCAGCUGUUCAGAAAUCUGGUUUUAGUAUCUCAGAAGGAAGAACGCUACUGGUAUGCACACAGACAGGAGCUUAGAAAAGUCUACUGUCUUUGGUAGUUCGGAAUAUUUGGGCACACUGUCCCACUGCAGUGCCAGCAUGCAAUCUAGACUCUUAAUUUUAUUUUUGUUCAGAAAACUGUGAAUGGUUAUGUGUGCAACUAACUUGCUGCUUAGCUCAGAAAACUGAACAAAUGAAAAAUGUCACCUGAAGUUGAUAAUAAAAAGUAGGAUUUUCAGUUUUCUGAGAAAUCUAAAGAGGCAAAAAGGAACAACUUUGGCUUAGAGUCAAAUGAAGCACUUUUGAUUAAUUUUUUUAAAUCUCUAAACUAAGAUGUUCUGCAACUUAAAAGCUGAAUUUUAUUCCAGGGAUUGCCUAAUAAGCACUCCCAGCAUUUCCAAAGUGUUACUGUUUUUUAUUAAAGUAAUUAUCAAGUCUAGUUGAAUUUUCAAAUAAUUUUUCCCCCGAAUUCUCUACAGAUGCAUUUUUGGCAAACAUGAUAAUAUGGCAAGAAAACUUCCCCAGCUCUAAAGAAGGGAAUAAUUUAAUGAACCUAUUAUGCAAACAAAGAUUUCCAUAAUUAUUUUAAAAUUUAAAUAGAAGUAUUUGUACUUUAUUUAAACAAACCUCUACAUGUGAAGUGGAGAAACAUUAAGCAAGAGCAACAAUUGAAAAAAAUAUGAUUACAGUUCAAUCUCAGAACAAUUUAAGAUAUCACUAGGAGGAUGAGUACAUUAAAGAAAUUCUACCAGAUACAUCUUUAAGGUUAAAAACCUGCAACUCCCCAAACUGCCAAGUAGCCCAGAAUGACAAUUUUCUUGGGUAUAAUAUAUAUUACUUUCUAUGCAUAGUUUUAAGUGGGUUUAUAAUAUAAAUUUAUGAGAGCCCCAAGCAGCAUGUGGCUCAAGUUGCCUGUACAUAUAGGUAAGGACACUGAAGAUUAUAUUUGGCAUAUUUGUAUUGGUUGAAACUUUUCCACAAAAUUAAAUGUCCCUGAACAUUUGAAAGGACAUGGGGAAAGUACAUGGGUGAGAUAAUUUUUCUUCCAUCUCCUGCUAAUUACUCUUAGUUAGAAUGAACUAUGCUGACCUAAUGCACUUUCCCUCAUUACUUAGAUAGUUUCUUCAUCUUCUGCAUUUUGUUCAGCUUGCACACUGAACGUGGCCACAUCAGCCACCGGAUUCUCCCACGUCCUGUCACAGCCUCAUCUCAGGCUGCAGUAGGAGUGUUUUAACCUGUUAGGAAAUAGCUUUACUGGGGUUUGGAAAGUAUUUAUCCUAGUUGUAUUGGACCAAAUCCAUCCCAAAGCAGCUUCACUGGCUUCCCGUGAAAUUAAUUAAAUACCUUAGGCUUUCCAUGUGAUGGUCCCUCAGAUAAGCCAGGAGUAUAAAGAAAUUUGAGCAUCAGGUGAGGGGAGGGUAAAGCAGGAGCCUGUGGAACUGCAUUGGGUGUGUGGUACCUGUUGGGAAAAAGCUCUAGGAAAACUGUAAAAGGAAGUGUCUUCCUCCAAGCUUAGAACUGCCCUGGCCCUGGGGAGCAUUUAGGGACCACAGCUCAUCUGCAUGAGCAUUUGCACCCAUCUGUUGGCAUGGUCAAACCCUGCUGACCUGGCACUUUGGGACCAUGACACAGUUCAGGCCAAUACAAAGUCCUGGUGCUGCUGUGGCCAGAAAUGCAGGUGUGUAUUCACCAGGACACUGCUGGGCUUUUCUCAUGGAAAGCGAGUGUUUUGGCAAGAGGGACAGGAGCUGAGAAGUGUGUGCACUGGAGGAAAGUGUUGAGGAGGUGCUGGCAGUGGAAGCAGCAGAGGUGGGUUUGCAGUCAGGCUGGUGCUCAGCCACCAGGCCUGCUGGGCUUAAGGGGCUCUGUCAUGAAAAGAGCCAUUUUCUUCCGGUUUCCUGGCAUUUGCAUUGGCCUCGGGAGAGGGGUAGGACAAUGUCUGCAUUAUCAAAUAGAGAGGAAAAUGCAUAUUGUUUUAGCCAGUGUGUUAGGGAGGCAGCAGUGGCUAAUCGUGUUAAGUCUCACAUAGCCCUGCUGGUGGGACAGGCUGGUGCAGGAAGUCACUGCUCCCCAUCCCCGGGAUGGAGACAGCUCUAGAUGAGCUGUGUUCUGCACACACACCUGCUUUCCUGUUUUGAGGUUUGGAUCCAUAGUGCUGUUUUCUCCCUCCACAACCAUUCUGCAGUCAACAGUGUCUUUCAUGUUAGGAAAUAUUCCUCAGCGGCCUUGCUGAAGUUUCACCACCAAUGAGGUAUGAUGGAAGGAGAGAUUGCUAGAGCUUCAGCAGCAGAGUGCUGUUUGCCAUUUGAGACCAGUGCAACAGGGCACUUACCUGCAGUGGUCCAGCUGCGUUUCCUCUCUCCAGCUUUGGUCUGUGUUGCUGUGUAGCCAGGCAGCUCCAGGGAACUUUGGCAGCACAUCUCUCCCACACUGAGAACUUCCUCCAGCUACACUAUCCCUUCUUCACUAGCUCAGUCUGGGACAGGCCUCCCAGUGGCAUGUUUUCUUGCAUUCAGAAUUGUACGCCUGCCACAUUUUAGAAAGAUUAAUCGCUCCACCAACUGAACGCUGCUGUACCCACUUUACUGCAAUGUGCAGAGGCGCAGACAUUGGGGUGAGGAAGGGUUUAAAAACUCUGAGCACUGAUUCCUUGUCACCCCCUUGGGGACACCCUUCCUGCACAACUGUUGGUGUGAGCUACUUGGGCGACUCCUUCUGCUGUGAGGCAAAUCUUGAAACUGCUCAUAGCAGCGACUGGGUCUGGGCAGGGAACAACUUGAGGACUCAGGCUUCCUGUGCUUCUCUCCCUUUCUACUGCAGGAUGUUCUAGUUUGUUGGCAGCCCUUGAGGUGAUCAGCCUCUGGCAUAUUUCAAAACUCUUCUGUGUGGGCAACGCAAGUGAUAUUUUAGCUCAAAUCAGGGUAAACUACCAUGGUAGGUGGUAGAUCGUCUACAUUCCUUGAAGUCUUCAAAUCAAGAAAAGGCAGCUUCCCAGAAGAUGUAUUUUAAUUAAGCACAAUUUUAAUUACAGAGGUGUCUGACUGAAAAAGACCUGUGUUAUAGAGGAAGUCAGGCUAGGUGAUGUAAUUGUUCUUCCUGUCCUUAUUAUAAAACCAGAUGUUUACUGUGGGAGAGGAUGUAUUCAAUACAAGCUGUGUCUGUAUAAUGGCCUUAAAGCAUGUUAAACAUGUUCAUAUGAUUAAUCUCAUUUUUAACCCAAUUUGGGUUAAAAACAUAAUUUACAGAAAAUCACCUUUACUGAUGCAGUAAAUUGUGUGUUACCUCCUUCAUUCCCCUGAUAGCAGCUACAUUGGUGUUAGCUACCUCAGGCUGUUCCAGAGACUGAACAAUUCAGACUGUAUUGCAUGAAAUCAUGGCUUGGUCCUGGCUUUCUCUCCACAGCAUUUGUGUGCUGUGUUUCCCAGUUUUCAUCCUCAUGGUAGACUGGCUGGGGAGGGGAGGUGUUGAACCCAGAGGUGUGGAGAAAUAGUCACAAAAAAGGGGUCCAUCCAAGUUGUACCCCUGAGGAGGUAAGCUUGUGUUACUGUCAAAGAGCCUCCCCCUAUAGCUCAGAAAAGGCAAUACCUUUAAGAAAUGCAGGAUGAGUCCCAUUGUGUCUCCAAACUGUGUAUCCGUAGAUGUGUCUUUGGACUGAGUUUACAGCAUUUCUGUAAAAGUACCUUAGGCCAAUUCUUGAGCUAGGAAAGCUCCUGUUAAAGUGUGUUCUUUUGAAAUACUGCUCUAAAUAGCUUUGAAAUAACUAUUUCUCAACUUUCUUUAAAAAGAGCUUAGUAAAUCCUGCCACAAAGGAAGACUCUCCCACACUGCACAGCGCUGUGAGGCUGUUGCGUGUUCUUUACACCUACAGCAUGUGUCUCAGCAAGGGUUAUUUGGGAGGUGAGGAGUGGAUGGGGGUAGAAAGGAAUAUUAAUUAAGCUUGUUACUGCCAGAGGGUUAGUGUGCAUCAUGCACAAGGAAAUUCCGGGUGGAGCUGGGCAUGGUUUUUCUGCAUGGAAUAACUUAUCUAUUUAUCUAUUUAUUUAUUUAUGUAAGUGCUUCUAAGAGAACCACAAUUAUUCACAUAACCAAGUUUAAUCUGGCAAAUUAUUUUAUACAAAAAAUAUGGGGAGAAUAAGUAGAAGGGUUGAAAAUGCUUGUUUCAUUUUUUUUUAUAUAAUGAAUCAUUUCGAUAUUUGAAUUUCAAAGUUAUUUUAAUUUAAAAAUAAAAUAAUUAAAUAGACUCAAUUUGACACAAAACAUUUAAUGUGGGGUUCAAAAGUAUUUCAGGUCUAUCCAAAAAGAAAGUUUCCAAAUUUUCCUAUUUAAUUCCACAUCCAUCACUGUGUAUCUGGUUAAUUAAGAUCCAACAAACCAAGACCUUACAUUAGAGAAACCUUUAUAGUAUCUACUUAAAAAAAAGUUAGCAGCUAUGGAGGAAUAGGAAUCCUUUAACAUGAUGCAACUGGUUCAUCUAAAAGUAAGAGAAGAUGAUAAACCAGAAAAAUGUAACCUUCAGUGCUAGGAGCACCAUUUUAUAGUGAGACAUGUUAAUCUUACUUGGCUGUCUGUCUGUUGAAGUUGGCAGUGUCAACUGUUUGUCUAUAAAAGUUUUUUUUUGAGCAGAAGGGGAAAAUGCUUUCUGUUUUCCCUAUGUAAAAACUGGACAAAGCAACAGAGACUAUAUUGGGAACAAUUUGGUACCAGUCUGGGAGGACAGAAAAUGGAAAUCUUAUGGAGGAGGUGAUUAAAAGAUAGAUUAUCUCAUCAAUUUUGGGUUGGAACAAGAUACUCACAUGAAAAUUUAACUGUCAAACUGUUCUAUAUUUUUUGUGAAAUUAGGUUCUGUGGAGAAGAAGGGCCAGACUGGACAGGAAAGUCCUUUUCUCUAGCCAGUUCUGGGUUUGUUAUGGUCUUAGUAGCUCAUACUUUGCAUCGCACACUACACGGCAGGACAAGGGCAGCGUGUGUUAGUUGUCAUGAGGCAGCCGGGCAGGGUGACCACUGUGCUGCGGCAGGAGUGGGUGGGUGUUGUCCCUCUCCUGCCCCAGCCCCCACAACAAGAGGCGCCUGCAGAAACAGCCUGCAGACAAACAGGCAGAGAUACUUACAGACCUGGUCCUCAGUUAACAACAGCUGACCCAAAGGGGAUGAGCCCAUCCAGCAGAGGUUCUGGCUGUGCCAGGCUGCCCACCGGCGUGGAGUCAGAGCUGCUGUGAGGUUAUCUGGAUCUGUGACAUUUCACCGCAUCUGAGUGGAGUUACAAAGUGUGGGGUUUAUGUCCACCUACAACAGGGACUGCAGCACUGCUGUGGGCUGGUACCUAAACUCUCUGUGCCUCACUUCUGGAGAAAAGGCAGGGUGGAAAUUCGUGGCUGCUUUUGUACAGCACUUGGAGCCUGCCAACCGUGUGCCAGUGCUGCAUGCGACCAUUGGUGGCAGUGCUGCAGACAUGGGCUGUAGCAGAGCAAGUGGAGUCAACACCUGUCCUAUACUGUUAAUUUCUGCCAGCUGCCCAGGGGCUUAGGGCCAGGUGAAGAGCCAGGAGGUGGAUGCCGAAGGUCCAAGACCCUGCAGAGGAAAUUAAAAGUUUUAGUUACUGCAGCGGUGCUUCUCCUCUGGUCAAAGAGGGCAGGACUUGGGCCUGGCAGGCAGCCAAAUCAAUCUCCAAUGGUGAUAGAAUUACGAACAACCUCCAGGUCCAGCAGUAGUUAAAUGGCUUUUCAGGGCAGGCAUCAACCCCAGUCUAGUUUACAUAAGAUAAACUCAGUUUUUCUGGAGGUGAGGGGAGAGGAGGAGGGGUCUCUGGUCUGAAGGGGACCAAUUUAUGAGCACAGCUGCCCAGCCUGCUCCCCGUCACAUUCCCAUGGCAGUGCAGGUUCAGGCUGCCUCCUUUCCACCAGGGCUGUUGCCACCAACUGGAGCCAAAGCAUCAAGUCUCUGUGCCUGGGAAGUGGUUUUGCAGAGGGAGCACUAGUGCUGUCCCAGCUCUGUCCCUUGCAAUGCUGGCUGGGCACAGGUCUCACGGCGCUGUGGACAAGGUCAAGAGUGGCUGAUGCUGCCAGGCAGUGUCCCUGGCCCGUGGGUGAUGGUGGCUGUCGUGAAGGAGCCAGGAUGCAAGAUGUGUGAGUGCAAUUUGUCUGUCCCAAAGGCCAUCUCUUGGUGUAUGGCAGAGGAGAGGUGUGUGGCCAUCCUGUCUCUCCAGCUGCACUGCUGGGCUGAUUGGUGAGUCCUGCCACUGCUGUUAACUGGGGGCGAAGGUAAACAACAGCAACCACUUCUGGGGAACAGAAGGGUUUUUAGGGUUUACCAUUAUGCAAUAAGAGGGUAAACCUUAUUGCAUAAAUCUCAAUGAGAAUGCCAGGUAUUUUCAGUUGGUUAAUCAAGCCAAUAGCUUAGUAAUAUUUGGCAUGAAUUUCUGCCAUGUUGGAUGAAAAGGUAAACUAUUAUUAUAGUAGUCACCCAUGCAUUUAGAAUAUAUGUUGUUACUGUUGGUUUGAAAUAAGGAAACUACUUUUUCCAGCUCAGUUUACCUGACUUUGCACACAUUCACUUAACAAUAGCACAUUGCAUACCCCCAGAUUGCCAGUUUUUCAGGUAUUGCAAUUUUCUUUCGGACUCCUGUAGUCCAGUUAUCUUUCUGAUUCAGUUCAUUGUAAUGAACUACAGGUUUCACCUCCACAGUGACUCAGGAAACACUUCCUCUCUCCCUACUUUUCAGAAGCAAAUGAAAGGAAAUGGCAGGUUUUAUUUGUAUUCUGAAAGAGUGAUAAAGAAUGACAAGUCCAUUUCACGUUCAUCUCCUUUCCAUGUCUUGAAUAAUUGAAUUUGUUGAUCAGGAGAUAAUUCCUUUUUGUAGCAGUCUGAAGGUUCUUUGCUAACAUGUCUUGCCUGUGCAUGAGAUGCCACAGUCUGGAGUUUUGUCCCCUUGGAUAGGACUCUUCCUGCUGUAGCCAUAUAAGACUUUGAAACUGCUAAUUCUCACCAAGGAACCAUGUGCCUACAGUCCUGAAAAUCCAGAUAAGGAUUUCCCUUAGAUUCCUUAAGAAUUCUGCCAGAAAGGCAGAAAUCCCUCUGCCUAUGAAUUCUGCUGGAGCAUAGAUAUGUUUCCAGCCCAGACAUCUGCUGCUGCUGGCCUCAGGACUGCAUUUUGGUGUCCACUGUGCACCGCCAGUGCAAACUUUGCCAGCAACAUUAAAAGGGAAGUAUCUGCUGAAAAUCAAAGGACAAGACAUGAAUGUUAUGGCUAAUGUACUCUUCCUCAGUAGCUCUCUUAGGAAUAUAAUACAAGAGAUGUGCCCCUGCAUCCUUUUGAGAAGGCAAGUGCAUGAGGAAUUUCCAAGUGUUAUCUCCUUUAUGCUUCAUUACAGAUUACCCUUCGUUGUUCGUUCUCUCUUUUUUUUUUUUUUCUUCUCUUGCCACAUAUUUUCAGAUUUCAGAGACAGUGUUUAUCAAAGCUGAUUGUAAAGUCUUGAGCAAUUUGGAAAUAGUGAGAGGUCCAGACUCUACCAUCAGCUUUCAUCUCACCCUUAGAAGUGUUCAACAUGCCCUUGGUCAUUGCAGGGAAUCAGACUUCUGUGCUGAUUUAAUCCCAACUCAGCAUUAAGUUCACACAGUAGUUCAUACAGACUUUGGUAGUCAGAAAAAGUUAUUUAAAAAUGCUCUUUACCUCAAUGGCUUUCGAUUUUUUGUGCUGCAGCAGAGAUCAACAGUUCUCCUGUUUACUCUUUCUUCCAGUACCACAGCCUGGGUCGGCAGUGAUGGGGACAGACCUGGAAAUAAAUUAUUCCAUUGAAUUGCCAAUGUAAAGAGAGGUUUGAGAGCAUUCAAGUAAGUUAUCAUCUGUGCUAGACAGUCAGAUCUCCUAGGAACCAGAAGUUUGUGUACAUGUUAAAUUAUUGCUUCACCUUUUCUUCCUCUGCCAUUUCAGACUGAGUGUGUGUUUGUUGUACAUGUGCCUUUUUCACUAGAAGUGAAAAAACAUCAACAGCUAAGACUGGGGGUAGGGAAGACCGAGUUAGGAUCUCUGCUGUGGAUCCUUUAUUUGACUAUGGCACAACGUUGUCCUCAUUAUUCAAAAGAGGAACAGAAGGAGAAUAAAUCCGUGACAUCACAGUGGAUCUCUCAGAUAAAAACUGUGAUGUCAUCAAUUUGUAAGUGCACUUUUAAUACGCUUAAGUAACGAUCCAAAAUUGUGACAUCCCCAUUAAUACAUUGGUAGAGCCUUACUGUGUGAUGCUGUAGUAUUGACUUUUUUUAGAAAGAGACUUUAAGAAAUAUAUGCAAAUAUAUAUGUAUUUGUGUAUAAUAUUCAUGUUAUUUACUGUAAAUAUGGCUCACCUAUCAAGAAUAGAUCUAGAGUCCUAUAACAAGUGUUACUCACCUUGAAGGAAAAGGAGGAAGAGGGAGAAAAUCUUACUUGUUUUUCAAAAGGGUGUCAAGUGUCUAUGAAAAGACAUGUGCUGCUUAACAGUUGAGCCCACCCAGCACGUGUAAGAAAAUAGGUAUUUCUGUCCAAGAUGAGUCUGGUCUGUUUACAGUCAGUUCUGGUUCUGUCAGGUUCUUGUGAUGCCAUGUCACAGGUUCCAGAGGUAAGUGAGAAAUCUUAGCAAAGAUAAUGAUGGAGCAGUCAGCAACCAGGACAAAUUUCUCCCAAACUCCACGGAGUUUGGACUUGAUUAAUCAGUUUUCAGCAUAUUGCCUUUUCAUUCUCUGUAAACAAGCCCUUACUGCUAUAUCAGGAUAAAGUGAACAGCAGUGCAUGAUUUUCCUCCUCUGUAUCAGACCUCACUUCACUCAGCUCUAACCUUUCCUCUCUUACCCACUUCUAAUCUGUUCCAGUCUUUUUGAUCUCUCUGUCUCCCCACAUGGAAAUCUUUUCCAGCUCCUAUCAUUUUUAGCAUCUGUCCCUGGAGACAGUCCCCUUCAGCAUCACUUGAUCUGAAACAGACUGAAGGGAAAGUUUGCAUGACCAGGAUAUGCCAUAGGUUUACUGAGCGGUGCUUAAACCUUAUAAGCUCUGCUUUUCUCCCAGCAGUAUGUUCUGACAAUGUCUUUGCUUUUUUAGCCACCCUGUGAGCAGACCCAUUGUCACCUCUGGGAUAUCUGUCCUUUGUGGUUAAAGCUCAUCUUGCAGGAACCUGUUUUACAGGCAGUGAAGCCAUGGAGCCCUGCUGCCAGCACGCUCACCCUCCUUUCCCCAGUGCUCCAGCUGGGAACGUGGUCAGGCUGCCAGCACAUGAGAUCACAUCCAGCACGGCUACUCCCUGGAAGCCAAAGUGUUGCUUAGUAACACACUCAUGGAAGUACCAGAAGCAUUUUUCAAUCUGUCACAUUGGCAAAAAAACACUGGCUUCUUGAUUUAGAGGCAUUCUGCUGCGCAUAGCAGGGCUGUGCUCCAUUACCUUGCAUCCAGCAUUAUCUGCAAGUGAGGAAACCAACCUUCCAGUUAAUGGAGGGGCUGGGGAGGAGGAUGAGGCACAGAAAAUAUUCGCCUAGGUUUGCAUGUGAAGCCUUUAGCUGGUUCUCCUGGCAUCUAGUCCUCCUCUUAACUCCCUUCCCAUAGGAGUUAUUCCCUCCUUAUGAAAGUGCACUCCAGGGUCCUAUAGCAAUUGGCCAAAAAGGACCCUGCAGCACCUUCAUCUAUUAUGAGACAUCACUGCAAUAAAACAUGGUGUGUCAUACAGAAACUGGAUGAGGUAUUGCAGUAUUUAUGUUGUAAGCCUCAGUGUCAUGGACAAUUGCUACAGAAUAAUGUAUGUCUUUUUUUAGUGCAGUGGAGUCACAGCAGCUUCAAAAGAGCACACAGAACACAGACCAUGGGGGGAUUACAUGGUUUCCUCAGUUAUUUUCGUAUUAUUGUGUUACAGAGAAUUAAGUGAAAAACAUCCUCUCAUUUAAAAAUAGAAUCUAAAGGCUUUUAGGUUACUUUCCUUCUUCUUCUAAGAAUAAUUUAAUCUGGGAGCAAAACAUCCAAGAACCAUGUUCUGACUUCAGAGGCUUGCUCCUUUAUGUGGCACUGUUUUAUCCUUAAAAAUGGCUUCAAAAAGUAAUUUGAGGGCUUUUAUUUGAGCUACCUUAUUGAUUUUGCUAUCAAAUCUCCUCAGUUUUGAAGUGAAAAGGAAUUUUAAACAAUAUCUAUCUCUGAGCUCCACAGGCCACCUCGAAUCUUCCCAUCCUACUCCUUACCAUUAGAGAGGUGGAACCAUAGUCUGUGUCCAGACAAGCCAUUUCUGUGGCUUGUCUCCUGUUGUCUGAUUGUGGCCUGAAAGCCUUCUGCAAAAAACUGAAGAGGUAUUAUAAGGGUCAUGGAAGGUCCAGGGCAGUCUGAAAACACAGUUGUUAGACAAGUGUUCCCAAGAGGAUCUUUUGGUCUUCAGAGAGUCUCCUACCUGAGACAAUGCUCAAUCCAGUGGUGAUUAAAUCAGUGAGGUUUGUUUCUUGUGCAAAGCUGUUUCAGUGCAAGGGCAGUGACACACACAACAGUUCAGGGCUAAAGCUUGACUCAGCAUAAAGAUGAAAAAACAUCCUACAACAGGAGAAGGUCCCAACUUGACUUCUGAGGUCUUUCUGAGGAAGUGAGUACAUUCCUGUGUUUUUUCCUAGUCUAAUGGGUACAUUUGGGUGUGGGAUAGAGCAGCUUUCAAGUCUUUUUCAUGUAGUUGCAUUUUUAGUGUACGUAGUUUAAGAAAUACAGAAAGUGAUAAAAAUGUUCCUGAUGGUUGGUAUGUGGCCAGCGUAGCAGCACUUGAUGAACCACUGAGGGUCCAAGUGCAGAAGGGUCUACAUCACGCAAACAUUCAGAAUUAACUGGCUUCUCUAGGGGGCAGGGAACAUUUUUUGGCAGGGGAGACAAAGCCUGUGAAAGCCUAUACACAUUUUAAUUCCUAGAACUGGCAGUGCAAGCUCAGGACUGAUGGAAAUCUUGCUCUCAUGAUGCUUUGCUCUGCGGAAAGAGGAUUCAGAGAAGCACUAAGUGACAAUGCAUUGUUUGUUUUAAAAGUAGCAGGGUAUCUAUUUCCAGUCUUCUAAUACCUUGACCUUGAAGUUUGUUUGUAAUUAAAUAGUCUUGUCUUCCCAGCUAACCACUGAAGCAAAAGAACUGUUGUUAUAAAGACAGUGGACCAAGGAAGAGCAGGUGGACUGGGUAACUUCUAUGCAAUACUAAGAAAGCACAUCCGUUCCCUGCAUUCCCAGGGGAAGAACACCUCUUUCUUCUGCACAUUCUGCAAGAUAAAAUCAUUUGAGCUGAGAGAGAUUUAGAGCCAGCAAGUUAGUAAGCUACAAAGCAGGGGAUAUUCUAUCAUUUUUUCUUCUUGCUGUUUAGUUCUUGAGGGUUCUAUCUGCUCCUAUAUUCACAGCCUUCUUUUCAACACUGGGGGUGCUCUAGGUGAAAUCUGUCUCACCUAACCAGCAUCUGCCUGCCCCUAUGGAAAGAACAAAAUGUGGGCUGGAACCUUCCCGACUUCCUGGUGGUACAGACCCCUUCCUAUACAAGGUACAUGUGUAUGUUGAGUGAUUGUAUCAUAGUAGCUUUUGUAAUGCAAUAACUGUCUGUGGUGCGAAGACAAUGUGGUUGGAGAAAACCUGGAAUACUUAAAACUUACUAUGAAUAGAAAAAUUCAAAUCAAUGCAAAGGUAAUACAUCUGAAGAAGUUUUCUUACUCUGAUCCACUACCACGUUUUCCACAAGAUACCAGCCUCUGUAUCCCUUAAAUACCCUUUUACCCUCUUUGCAGCAGAACUUGACUUUUGUGUCUUUACUUGAGGCUGGAGUCAAUGGUGUUUGGUUUUUUCAUAAUGUGCUGAUGAAUUGAAAAGCCAACCUUGACAUGGGUUUGCCAACCAAAAUAGUGUAAUGCUAGUCAGUGAAUAGCUUGGAGGAGUUGUGGAUGCUGCUGACUGAAGUGUGCCAUUGGAAUUUUGGUCUUCUGGGCAAGAGUGAUAAGAGGUUUUGUAUUGAUGCUUGUGAGAAAAGCUCAGCAGUCUCAGAUAAAACUGAUUGUCCUGUUAGUCACAUUGUAACUACAGAGGGAAGCCUGAACAACUGAAUGAGGGAAAAAACAAGGCCUCUUCCCUGAAGAGCACCCCAGAUAUCACACUUACAUUAGAGAAAAAACCCUUCUGUGACUGAUCCUGGGUUGGCAAGCAGAUGGGCUCUGAGAGCUGGAGAGACACAUCACUGUAGCAUCUUUAUCACGGUGUCUUUGAUUAUGUAAAUGUACCAGAAUAGGAGAGAAUUCCUUUCAAACUCCUUUUCAGCUAUGUAGGCUACCUCCAGAUUGCCUGUUGCUACCCCCUGUGAGGCCUCACUGGAGUUUACACUAUGCUGCUUGGUAUUAAUUUACUUUUGGUGGCCACAGACUAAGGUUACAGGUUUGGGAACCGGUACAUAAUUGCAAGGACAGCUUCUCGUGUUCUUUUUUCCCCCUUUCCCUCCUUUGUAAAGUGUGAACCGUUCUUUUGAACUCUGAAGUGACUGUAUCGUUACAAUGUGUGUACGUAGAGAUUUGUUUUGACAUGGCUUGUGUGAAGGACCUUUGCUCCUCUUAUCUCACACUCAGUUUUAUUAAGUGCUUGAUAGUUUUGCCAGCCUUUUGUGGGGGAGGAGACGUGAUGGGGUGGGUUAUUCCACUUCAAAACUUGGCAAUUUUUGAGGGAAAUUUGCCCAGCUUUACCUAGAGUGGUAUGAGAAGUCAAGGUGCUCUCAACUGUUCUUCAGUCGUCCUGAUCUGAUUUCUUCCAGGAUAAACAGAUCAGUCUUGAAACCCUCAGAAAAAUAGGUUGUUUAAUGCUAUAAGCCAGCACUGACCAAGAAGGCCCAUCACUUUGCCAUGCAUGGAAACAUGCAUGAUGUUUCUUCCCUCAUCUGUAAGUGUCUAUCUGAGCACAGAGUGAAUCACAUCCUUUGCUUAUGAAAACUGACAUUGCUCCAUGGAUGUUAAUGGAGCUACCACAGCUUACACCGGCCAAGGAGCAGCCCUUCUGUGUUUUGGUGGUUAGGAAACCCGUGAGUGAAAUCCUACAGGGGUUUGAGAGAAGAGGGCAAUGUGUGUUGGAAACCUCUCAACUUUGCAGGAUUUCUUUGGUAUUCAUACACAUUUGCAAGAAUGUAUUCCAAGCAUCUUGUACUGUUAUUAGUAACUUGUACUGUAGUUUGUUAGCAGUGUUAACUACCUACGUAGCUAAUAUUCUGAUGCAACUUAGAAAAAGUGUAAACAAUGGCAGCAAACAAGAGUUUAGAACUUGUAUGUACUUUUUUUUAUAUUAAAUCACUUCAAUUAAAAGUACAAGAAAAAACA